UUCAUUCCAGAUGGGCUUUUAUGCAACCAAUCACAGUUUUGCAUUUGUGCAACUGCCCCAUUCACAUUGGCAGCCAGUGACUAUUCGCUUUCCUCUUCCAGGCCAGUAAAAUCCAGGGUUUGAGUGAGGAGGAGAGGGGGCACUUACUCCCCCUGCUCAGGAAUGCCCAGUGGGUGGAGGUGGUGGGAAGGGAUGCCAUCUACAAAGAGUUCAUCUUCAAAGACUUCAACCAGGUCAGAAAAGCUUUGCCAAUAUAUUCAGUGCCCAUAUUCAUAAAGUGUCUCAGAGUGCUGAUCUAGGAUCAGGUCCUCUCGGUCCAUGUAAUCUUACUCAUUAUGUUCUAAAAGUCCAGAUUGAUCCUAGAUCAGUUUAAUGGCUUUAGGGUAUAAAACGCAUGACUUGAUUGUGACAAUGUAUAGUGUGCUACUUUAUCUCACAGGCCUUUGGCUUCAUGUCCAGGGUGGCACUACAAGCUGAGAAGAUGGACCAUCACCCAGAGUGGUUUAAUGUGUACAACAAGGUAUUUCAACAAGUCCCAGCCCAAGGCCCACUAGGAUUGCCUGGGGUAAAAGAGAUAUAGACAAACCUGUUAGCAUCACUAGAUAGCAUCACUAGUUGUGAAAGGGAUGUCUCUCCAUAUGUCACUAUAGCUGUAACAGGUGUAUGUCCAUUUACCCUGUCUUUCCUGCUGUCUCUCAUCCUUAUCCUCACUCAAUUUAUAUUCUCUCCACCAGGUCCAGAUCACACUCAGCACACAUGACUGCGGGGGCCUCUCCCAGAGAGACAUCACUCUGGCUACCUUCAUCGACCAAGCAUCUGUCCUCUGAGCAACUCAUGGCCUGCAGCCAUUUCAGUCUAUCAGUUCCAACCAUUUCAGUUUGUCAUUUCAAUGGCGGAACCCAGAGCAGAGGAUGCCUAUUCAUCCCUCUCCAUACGUUCAUUCAGAUGACUAACCUGGGACAGGAACAGGAAAUGAUCAAACAGGAAAUUACGUCACAGAAUCCCAAUUAAUGUUUGUUUAAAGGUCACUUUCAAUUCAUAAUGUAACAUUUAGCAGGUGUGGUGUUUGUUGCUAAACUGAUGAAGCCAAAUAUAUCUUUAAAAUUUGCUUUUGUGGAAAGUGGAUUUAAGAGCACAAGACCAUAAGCCAGUAAAAAGAGCAUUGGACUAUAUACAGUGGGGCCCGAAAUUGCCACCCUUGAUAAAGAUUAGCAAUAAUGACUGUAUAAAAUAAAUAAUUCUAAUACUGAGCUAUAUUGUAUGGUCAAAUAAAUUGGGAAAUUAUAUAAUUUUAUACUCAUACAAUUGCUCAGAAAAAAAUAGAUUUGGUUUAAUAACAAA